CACAAGAAAAGAUGGAUAAACUGCCGACAGCGCGAAUUAACCGCUCCAACAGCGAUCAUGCUGCCCUGGUAAACCGUUCCGUUGCCCGUGGUUGCCCUUCCGAGAAGCUCCCGAAAGUUAGGACGACACAAUCCACGACCAAUAUUUCGAAAUCGCAAAACAUCUUGCCGAAGACGUUCAGCAAAUUCACCGUUAGGAAACCCAACAGACCUGUUCGGAAGCCCCUCUGUCCGGAAGAAGCCAAAUCAAAAGAUACAAUCAAGGUACCGAAACCUGUGAGAAAAUUCCCAAUGGAGAAAUCACUUACCAUGAUCGAGAUGAGCUCGCCAGCCAAGCAGCAACAGCAUGACCAACCUACUGGGGGACUGUCCUUUUCGACUACUGCUUUGGCCGAUGAGGGAACUACCCGGAUGGUCAGCAACACUAGCAAGCUGAUCUACGAGACGGGAUUCAAGCUGCUGCUUAAAUGCUGGAGGGAUAAGAAAAGGCAGAUUGAUCGGAUGAAUACACAGCUCAGUCAAAAGGAUAAUACGUCGAUCAAGUACCGCAAUCAACUGCAUACCAUUCAGUCACUGUAUCAAAACGAAUGCCGAAACCACGAAUCGGCACGAACCGAUAUCAAAACGCUGAAGCAAAAACUGGAAGGCCUUAAAACGAAUCUUCUGCAGGAGAAGAAGGCUCAUCUAGAGAAGGUUUCCGAGCUGGAGGGCUUCGUUCUAAUGAGAGACAAGCUGCAGUCGCAGCUGACUCACGCCGAGGAGGAACUGGCCAUUGCAAUCAUCAACUGGCACAGCUUCGAGUUCAAGUUCAAGCAGCAGGAAGAAAGCUGUCUCCAGUUGACGUCAGAGAAGAGGGAACUACUGAAGCAGAUUGACAACCUGGAAGAUAAUUUCAAGAACUUUGAGUGUGAUUACGAAAAAUCGUUAUCCGAACAUACCAAAAGCAAUGAGGUAUAUGAAGCCCGUUUGAAACACUACCGAACAAAGCUGGACGAAACUGAAAGUCAAAUCGAAGCGUGCGAAACAGACUGCCAACUGCUAAAGGAGUGGAACGUCCGAUUAGCCAGUGAGUUAGCUCAAGUAAAGGAAGCCUACCAGGAAACGUACACAUUCCGAGUUCGACAGUUUUUCACCAAUCUACCCAGGAGGCCUGGAUUCUACGUGCAAUAUUUACUGUAUCUGCUCGUACGAGGUACUCCUCUGCCCAAGGCUCCCAUUGGAAAGGGAGAUUUUCGUGGAAUGAUAACUGCCUAUCCAAAUGCUAGUUGUUUGUAG